CUGCGCCUGCGCACAGCGCUGCCGGGACAAGGCUGUAGCAGGAAGAGUAGCGCCUUUAGCACAAAGUCCGUAUUCAGGUCCUGUACAGAUAACAGCUUCGAAAACGUAAAAUAUCAUAGCAUUGUUGUAGAGCGAAUGGAGAGUAUUAGCGAUAGCGUUGGUGACCAAACCAGUCUCUGUCUAAAACUCUGAAAAAACGAUAGCAAUAGAGCUAACCUGCUGCCUUCAACCACGGAAGUUUAGUGUAUCCGUGUAGCUAGUUAGCUUUGAGCUUGCUUCACUGGUUCUGCUGAAUGUUUCUGUUUCCAUAUGAUGAGGUGGCACGCAUGGCAGUUUUACGUAAUGUCAUGGAGCCAGUUGUCUUUUCUGUAUUUUGGUAAAUGAAUGACAUAAUGAUGUUUGGACAUUGUAGUUAGUGGUCAUGGCUGGCUUUCCAGCUUCUCUACAGGCCACUUGAUAGUCUGAGGGCAGAGGCGCAUUGUGGUCCUCUGAUGCUUUCAACGAUUCGACACGAAUUUGACUUCUGUUUUUAGCUCAGGAGGCUACAGACACAAUGAGUUCCAAAUUCAGCUUAAUCAACUAUAACUCCCGAAAGCACAUCUCCAUCUCGAUACCCUCCUCCACAGAGGCGAUGUCCCCGCACAUCAAAUCUAUAGAGGAGCUCAGAGUGCUAGGGGUGAACCUGAGCAGUUUCAGCACGCCCACGCAGUUCUUCAUCUGCGUGACUGGAGUGUUUCUCUUUUACCUCAUCUAUGGCUACCUUCAGGAGCUGAUUUUCUCUGUAGAGGGUUUCAAACCCUUUGGCUGGUACCUCACCCUGGUCCAGUUUGGGUUCUAUUCCAUGUUUGGCCUGGUAGAGCUGCAGCUUACUCAGGACAAGAGAAGGAGGAUCCCAGGGAAGACAUACAUGAUCAUAGCAUUUCUCACAGUCGGGACCAUGGGCCUCUCCAACACAUCACUAGGAUACUUGAACUACCCAACGCAAGUGAUCUUCAAAUGCUGUAAACUCAUUCCAGUUAUGAUUGGAGGAGUUUUCAUACAAGGAAAACGGUACAACUUGGCAGAUGUAAUAGCAGCUCUAUGCAUGAGCCUCGGCCUUGUCUGGUUUACACUGGCUGACAGCAAAGUUGCCCCAAACUUCAAUGUGACAGGGGUUAUCCUUAUCUCCUUGGCACUUUGUGCUGAUGCUGCUAUAGGAAAUGUGCAGGAAAAAGCCAUGAAGCUGCACAAUGGAUCAAACUCAGAAAUGGUGUUGUAUUCCUAUUCUAUUGGGUUUGUGUACAUUCUGCUGGGACUUCUGUGUAUGGGAGGGCUUGGACCUGCUGUGGCCUUCUGUUCCCAGCAUCCAGUGACCACAUAUGGCUAUGCAUUCUUCUUUUCAUUGACGGGUUACUUUGGCAUCUCCUUUGUCCUGGCAUUGAUAAAGCUUUUUGGAGCUCUAGUUGCAGUCACAGUGACCACAGGAAGAAAGGCAAUGACAAUUGUCUUGUCUUUUUUGUUUUUCUCAAAACCUUUCACUUUUCAGUAUGUGUGGGGAGGCUUACUGGUGAUCUUCGGGAUCUUCCUUAAUGUCUACAGCAAAAACAAGGAAAAAAUGAAGCUUCCUCCACUGGAAGAGUUAUGGAAACGUGUGCAACGUAGCAGGAAAAGCCGACUGCUCUCUCAGACUGUGUAAAUAAUUGAUCUCUGACCAAACUUUAUAUGCUUUUCUACCCAGUCACACCAGUGUUGACUCUCACACAUUUAAUAAGCUGAUAAUAAGCUGACAUGAAGGCUGGUGAGUUUGGUCAGAUUUUGGACAGAAUUCUAACCUGCACAUAGAGGACUCAAAAUGUGCAGCAGCAGCAGACUCAUUACUAAUCGUGUGCAAACUGGGUUCUAAUGGGAAGGAAUACUUAUGAUCAUCUGUUUUUCACCUGCAUGUGCCACUAACUUAUGGCAUCUUCACAAACUUUUAUCAUUUCUAUUCUUUUUUUUAAAUCUGUGAUUGGACAAGGGAAAUGCAAGUAACACUACUGUUUCUUUAAAAGUCUGAUGUUUGGGAGUGUAUGAGUAUGUCAGCUGCCAUAUUUGCUAUCCAUUUGUUUGGUGAAAGGGUAGCUCUUUUUACAUUAAAAACAAACAGAGAAGUUUA